GGGCUAGGCCGUGCCACAGCUGACUUCCGCCCGGAGUCGGCUCUCGCUGCAGCGUCGCCAUGUUCGCCCGCUCACGGUGGCUGCCCCGGAGCCUGAGCCGCCUGGCCGCGGCCCUGCAGGGUGGUAAUGGCUCACAAGGCACUAGAGGUGUCUCUGGUCAUUUAGUGUGCCAUCGAUCCAUUUAUGGUAAAAGCAGGCAGCUUCUUGAAAAUGGCUCCAAAUUCAGUAUCUUCCACAUACAGCACUUCAGAACAUCAGCAGUUUUCAAUGAUGACGUGAUGACGGUGAAUACACCAGCAUUUGCAGAGUCUGUCACAGAGGGAGAUGUCAGGUGGGAAAAAGCUGUUGGUGAUGAAGUGGGUGAGGAUGAAGUGGUAUGUGAGAUUGAAACUGAUAAGACAUCGGUGCAGGUUCCUGCUCCACAUGCUGGUAUCAUCGAGGAGCUCCUGGUCCCUGACGGGGGUAAAGUGGAAGGAGGAACCCCUCUUUUUAAACUCAGGAAGAUAGAAGGUGGUGCUGCAAAGUCCAAAUCAGCAGCCGCUUCUGCUCCCAAACCAGAAGCUCCAACCCCACCCCCAACCCCAGCGGCAACUGCAGGGGCAAUUCCGACCAUAAUGCCACCCGUGCCACCUGUAAAGACACAACCCAUGGAUAGUAAACCCGUAUCAGCAGUGAAACCUACUGCCGCUCCUGUUGCACACACAGCCGCAGACAUGGGACUAAAAGGUUUCAGAACAGAGCAGAGGGUAAAAAUGAAUAGAAUGCGACAGCGAAUUGCGCAGCGACUAAAGGAGUCUCAGAAUACUUGUGCCAUGCUGACAACAUUUAAUGAGAUCGAUAUGAGCAACAUCCAAGAAAUGAGAACCUUGCACAAAGAAACCUUCCUCAAGAAACACAACAUGAAGCUAGGUUUCAUGUCUGCAUUUGUUAAAGCGUCCAGUUUUGCACUGCAGAAUCAGCCAGUGGUAAACGCUGUUAUUGAUGAUACAACCAAAGAAAUGAUCUACAGGGACUAUAUUGACAUCAGCGUAGCCGUAGCUACACCAAAGGGGCUGGUGGUACCUGUAAUCCGAAAUGUUGAAAACAUGAACUAUGCUGAUAUUGAGAGAGCAAUCAAUGAGCUAGGAGAGAAGGCCCGUAAGAACGAGUUGGCUAUUGAAGACAUGGAUGGAGGAACUUUCACAAUCAGCAAUGGCGGAGUGUUUGGCUCUAUGUUCGGAACACCAAUUAUCAACCCGCCUCAGUCUGCCAUCCUGGGUAUGCAUGGUAUCUUUGAGAGGCCGGUUGCAAUCAAGGGUCAGGUUGUGAUCCGUCCCAUGAUGUAUGUGGCCCUAACCUAUGACCAUCGCUUGAUAGAUGGCAGAGAAGCAGUACUUUUCCUCCGAAAAAUUAAAGCUACAGUGGAAGACCCUCGUUUGCUGCUGCUUGACAUUUAAAUUCAAUUAAUAUACAAUUAUUAAAAAAAAACACAUAUACUCAAUGUCAUAUGCAUUUUCAUAUUAAAUAAUUGUUCUACCUUUUUGAUGUUUAAAAAAAAUAUCAUAAAUGAAUGUUUUAUGGACGAAUUGCAAUUCUGUAGGAAACGAUUUUAACGGAAAGAUAUGGCAUGUCCGAGACUUGGCAGCGAAUUUAUAUUGUCAGCAAAUGAGCUUACUAGCGAGGGUAAAUCAUCACUGAUAUUUGAGAUGGAGGGAGCAGCUUUGGGUAGUUGUUCACAAUUUGGUAUUAAAGAGCCUGAACUGGCAUUGCAACAAAAGAAA